ACUGCAUCAUCGAGUCGGACGGCCCCGAGCUUCCGUACCGUUCGCACAUUAGCGGAAACAAAACACGGUUAAAACUCCCAACCGAAGCGGGGCAAAUCUGCCGAAACCCUCCCCGACGUUCCACGGAACAUCGGCGGCGAGCUCUGCUCGUGACGUUGUCAAGGCGACCCGUCUGUCCGCGUGCACACGUUUGGAUGAGGACACCAUGACGUCCCUCAGCUGGGCCGGGCUCCGUGUCCCCUCCGUCCUGGUCCUGGUGCUGAUACAGACCGCAUCGGUGUCGGCGGCUCGCUCGGACCGAAGCAUGGCAUCGGAGGAAUACGUCAGCGCCACGGUCAACGCCACAGUGCAGGACGCCAGAGGACACACCAUCCACAUGAUGAGCAGCGAAGACGUCACGUACGGACAGAACUCUCCCAAAGUGGACGCCAGGGGCGUGGUCGUGGGACCGGCGCCGCAUCACGGAGUGGUGGACAGGCAGGGCUGCGACCCCCACACCCGCUUCCUGGCCCCUCCCCGCGGUGUCCAGUGGGUGGCGCUGCUGCAGAGAGGAAACUGCACCUUCAAGGAGAAGAUCCUGAAGGCCGCCGCGUUCAAUGCCACCGCCGUGCUCAUCUACAACAACUCCACCGACAAGACGGUCAAGAUGGGUCACGAAGGAACGGGCGACACUGUGGCCGUGAUGAUAACAGAAGGCUACGGUAAGGAGAUCCUGGCCAACCUGGAGCGGAACCUGACGGUGGUGGUCACCGUUCUUGUGGGUCAGCGCAGUCCCACCAAGAACAUCAACAGAGGCUCGCUGGUCUUCGUCUCCAUCUCCUUCAUCGUCCUCAUGAUCAUCUCCUCCGCCUGGCUCAUCUUCUACUUCAUCCAGAAGAUCCGCUACAGUAGCGCACGCGACCGCAGCCAGCGUCGUCUCGGUGACGCGGCCAAGAAAGCCAUGGGGAAAUUGAGCACAAGGACGGUGAAGAAAGGAGAUAAGGAAACGGACCCGGACUUCAACCACUGCGCCGUGUGCAUCGAAGCGUACCAGCUGAACGACGUGGUGCGCAUCCUCCCCUGCAAGCACGUCUUCCACAAGGUGUGCGUGGACCCGUGGCUCAACGAGCACUGCACGUGUCCCAUGUGUAAGUUGAACAUCCUGAAAGCGCUCGGCAUUACGACCAGUGUGGCCUGCGUGGACAGCGUAGUGUUGGACGUGGACCGGCUGGGUGUCGCGCAGGACUCCGACAGCCAGAGGGUGCCGUUGAACGACAGGCGCCAGCCCGCCAUCAGCGUGGAGCCACUGAGCCCGCCCCACCCUGAGGCCCCGCCCAGGACCCCCGCUGACAUCGCCAUCGCCGUGACGAGCGGUCACUUUUUCAACUCGACGUCUCCUCGCAGCGUCAUCUGUGACGUGGAACUUGCGGACCUCCAAGCCUCGCUCGACCUCUAUGAUGACAAGUCGUGAAGGUUGUCGCCAUAGCAACACCUCCAACACCACGUCUCUCUCUCUUGCUCACUCGCACACACACACACACAUACACACACACGCACAUCAUGUGACUGGUGGAAAAGCCAAUAUUCCAGAAGGGAGCGAGUGUUUAUAAACUCUGGAUCUGGUCUCACUGGACCUUUUACGUUCCUUCCCAGAAGAGGCAAAGACUCUCCAGGAGUUCCUUGCGAGGUUCUCAGCUCCUGGUGGUGGUCCUGAAGGUCAGAGAGAGGUUUCUCACCUUUUAAGAAAACCAAAUUCCAAAAUGGGCUCUUGCAAUGGUUCCCUGGACUUUUUUAGUGGGUACUAAAAGGGCUCUUGAGAAGACUUCAUGGAUCCAUAAAUGGUUCUUCUAAUGCUUCCUGGAAAAAAAAAAAAGAUAUAUUCCCAAAAAACAAACUCCAGAGUGCCUAAACGUUCUUGGAAGAGCUCCUGGUGGACCUGAAGCGGAACUAAUGUGAUUGCAGCUGGAUGCAGAACCAAAGAACCAGAAUCUGUGUGUGCUUGUGGUUCCUUCAAAUCUUGAGACCAGAACCAGAGGGAGACCGGGACCCUGACCCUUCCUUAAGAGACUUUGGAGAAAAGAUUUAAAGGAACAGUCCCCCACCCGCCGCUGCUGGCUUGUGGUUUGUUGCUAUGGUAACACCUGCAGUUGUCUUUUUGACCAGAACGUGGCAUCCAAACUUGUGAUGAAAGUCUGACAUCAGGCUGACUCACCUUUUGCUCACAGCUUAGCACAAUACCUGCGAGCACAUCUUACGUGUUAGCUUAUCCUAGCGUAGCACAGCGACAGGAAACCACAAUAACAAAGUAGCUUGGCUUUGCUGUCAAUAACGGAAACACUAAUUCACGUUAAAGAGGCCAAGAAUUGUGCUUAUUAGUAAACACGCUAACGAGCUAAGUGCAUUUGGGAACGAAAUCCUUGCAAAGUUUGCACAUUGAGUGUUUAUUUCAUCUACAUUGGCAUAGAUAACCGUAAGAAACCCUUUAAAGUGGAACUAAACAAUCCAAAUUUCUUUCAGUUUCCAUUAGAGACAUUUUGUUUAAUGCCAUGUGGCGGACUGCUCCUUUAAUGUGUCAAUUAGCUCAUCUAAAGGACAUUAUACAAUCUAUAUGACCAAUAUAAUCUCUAUUAUGUGUG